AUGAUUGAUGACCUCCAGGAUCGGACCAUGGACGCUCAGCGAGUGAAAACGGUGAUAUCUGCUCUCAGCAAAAUCCCACUCCUCUUUCUGCUCCUGUACCUCUUUGUGUGCUCCCUCGACAUUUUAAGCUCUGCUUUCCAACUAGCUGGUGGCAGGGUAGCAGGAGACAUCUUCCAGGAAAAUGCCAUCCUGUCUAACCCAGUGGCAGGGCUGGUGGUGGGAAUACUGGUGACUGUGUUAGUUCAGAGCUCCUCCACCUCUACCUCCAUUAUAGUCAGCCUUGUCUCUUCUGGCAUGCUGGAUGUUCAGUCAGCCAUUCCUAUCAUCAUGGGCACCAACAUCGGAACAUCGGUCACUAACACCAUUGUUGCUCUCAUGCAGGCUGCGGAGAGAGAUGAGUUUGAAAGAGCAUUUGCUGGAGCUACAGUCCACGACUGUUUUAACUGGUUGUCUGUCUUGGUGCUUCUCCCUCUGGAAGCUAUAAGUGGGAUGUUGAGGCGACUGUCACAGGCCGUGGUCGACACACUACAGCUCAGUACUGGAGAAGAAGCCCCUGAACUUCUUAAAGUCCUCACUGAGCCACUCACUAAAAUGAUUAUCCAGCUGGAUCGAUCGGUCAUCACAGCCAUCGCUGCAGGAGACCAGAGUGUGAGGAACAAGAGUCUGGUGAAGCAAUGGUGUCAAAGCACAGCCGUGAAGGUAAGAUACGAUGAGUCCCAUUUUGAAUGUCACGUUUCUGCCCGUUUCUUCUUUGACUCACUAAUCGUUUGUAGGCAUCUCUUUGUGGACUGCUCUUUGUCAGACUUGGCCAUAGGUCUGAUUCUUCUGGCUUGCUCACUGGUGCUGCUGUGCAGCUGUUUGAUUCUGCUGGUUAAACUACUCAACUCCCUGCUGAAGGGCCAGGUGGCCGGUGUUAUUAAUAAAGUUGUUAAUACAGAUUUCCCCUUCCCUUUGACCUGGCUGGCAGGGUAUCUGGCUCUAUUAGUGGGAGCAGGGAUGACCUUUUUGGUUCAGAGUAGUUCUGUCUUCACCUCUGCCAUCACUCCUCUUAUAGGGAUAGGCGUGAUCAGUAUUGAAAGAGCCUAUCCUUUAACUCUGGGGUCCAACCUUGGAACCACUACAACAGCUACACUGGCAGCCCUGGCUAGUCCUGGAGAUAAGCUAGCUGCUGCCACACAGGUAGCUUUGUGUCAUUUUUUCUUUAACCUCUUUGGUAUCCUGCUAUGGUAUCCCAUACCAGCCACCCGCUUACCCAUACGUAUGGCCUGUGCCCUUGGCAAAUGCACUGCCAGGUACCGCUGGUUUGCUGUUUUGUACCUCAUCCUCUGCUUCCUGCUACUCCCGACCCUCGUGUUCGCCCUCUCCAUGGCGGGGUGGAAGGUGAUGACGGGGAUUGGCGUACCACUCAUUAUGGUUAUUAUAUCUGGUGCAACACUUAACAUAAUCCAGGCGUGCAGACCGGAUUGUUUGCCACUUAGACUGCAGAACUGGGAAUUUCUUCCUGUUUGGAUGAUCUCGCUGCAGCCCCUUGAUGACCUCAUUACCAGGGUGACCCUGUGGUGCAAACAGGGAAGAGGUUGGAGUUGCAAGGGAAAUGAUGGCCCAGUAAUAUCAUUGGAGGGUAUUACUGUCAACCCCGAGAAAAAAGUCAGAGAGGAAUGGAAGCAGAGUGGGGAAGGACAGGAAAUUGAUAAGGAACAACGAGAAGUGGAGACAACUGGAUGUUCUGAUCUGCAAUACAAUGAGGGAAACAGAGCAACCGACAUGUCUCCAGAGAACAACAUAUCAAGCUUGGCUGCACCGUGGUCCGAAAAGAAAAACCCAAUCCUGAACAAUCAGGGCGCUCAACUUCUCAGCACUCACUUGUAG